UGAGUUACACACGACGUCUUUUUCUACCUUCAGAUUGAAGAACUUAACGAAAUCGAAAAUACAGUCAUAGUCAACAGUACAUUGGUUAUUAUGAUGAAUACAAUGAAAUAAACACCAAGAAAUGGAUCCUAGUUGUGAUGAUUAUGCUCCUGAUCCUACAGCUUUAGAAAACGAUGGCAAGGCAUUUGCUGUUCAGGCAGUUAACAAUGAUACGAACGAGAACUAUGGCAUGGCAAUAUUUUAUUAUAAUGAAGCAGCUCAGGCUUUAUUGAGUGCUGCAUUAGCAGGUUCACAUGUCCCUAACAUUGUAGAAAGAGCAAAUGAUUACAUUCUUAGAGCUGAACAACUCAAGUCGGCAGCUGCACAAGUUAAACAAAACCAGCAACAACCAAAGUCUGAAGAAAAGUUAAACCUUGAAAGAGCAACAUUUUUGUUGAACCAAGCAUUUGAUGAAGAUGAAUCUGAAAACCUUAAAGAUGCUGUAGAACUCUACUCUGAAGCAGUGGAAUUAUUUCUAAAGAUUAGGAGCAAUACGUCUGACAAAAGUUUACAAGCAAAGGUUGAAAAGAUGGCUAAGAGUGCUUUGGAUAGGGCAGAGGUGGUAAAACAAGCAAUAACUAAGAAAGGAAAUGUAGGGAAGUUACCUGAAAAGAAAGUGGCACCAUUAGGCCAUGGUGCCUUCUUAGAUGAAGGGGAGACUACUGCACAUAAUCAAAGGACAAAUGCACCAAACAAGACAGCAAGGACUGGUUUGAUAACUCUUGGUCCAUCUGAUUACUCAAAAGAAGAGAUAGCUGUGCUCAGAAAAACCUCCUUUAUUAAUGGAAGAGAAUAUGUGCCUUUUAUGAGUGUAGAUAUGAAAGAAAAGUUUGCCUUUCCUGUACCAUAUAGUGAUAAAUGUGGGAAGUUAGCUUUGUCACCUAAACAGAGAGAAAGGUUUGCAGGAUGGAAGAGACCUGAGGAAUUCUGUGAUAAUCCACAACUUAUAUAUGCCAUUUCAUGUUUUAGCAUCAAACAGACAAUUGUUAGUGACUGUAGUUUUGUAGCCUCACUGGCCAUCAGUGCUCAGUAUGAGAGAAGAUUUAAAAAGAAACUGAUAACUAGGAUAAUCUAUCCUCAGAACAGAAAUGGUGAUCCAGUUUUCAAUCCAUGUGGGAAAUAUAUGAUUAAACUUCACCUCAAUGGAGUCUACAGAAAGGUUGUUGUUGAUGACUUUUUACCAAUGGGGAAAGACCGAGAACUUUUAUGUUCAUUUUCUAACAAUAAAAAUGAGUUAUGGGUUUCCUUGUUAGAGAAGGCUUACAUGAAGGUGAUGGGAGGAUACGAUUUCCCUGGUUCUAAUUCAAAUAUAGAUCUGAAUGCAUUAACUGGUUGGAUACCAGAGCGAGUAGCUAUAAGGAACAAUUCAGAUGAAUUCAAUAGAGACAAAGAAUUUAAUCGAAUCCAUGAACGGUUUCACCAGGGUCAUUGCCUUAUUACUAUAGCAACAGGAGAGAUACCUGAAUCUGAGGCUGACAGAGCAGGACUUGUUCCUACCCAUGCAUAUGCAAUGUUAGAUAUCAGAGAGGUUAAGGGAAAAAAGUUAUUUAUGUUGAAAAAUCCCUGGAAUCAUUUAAGAUGGAAAGGGAAUUUCAGUGAGAAUGAUGCACCAAAUUGGACACCAGAAAUGCAGAAAGCUUUAAAUUAUGAUCCUAAAAGUGCUCAACAAUUUGACAAUGGUGUUUUCUGGAUUGAUUAUGACUCAUUAUGUAAAUUUUAUGAUGUUAUUUAUAUAAACUGGAAUCCAGAACUGUUUAAAUACACUCAUGGUAUACACAGUGUAUGGCCUGCCAAAGAUGGACCAAAAAGAGAUGCUUAUAAUAUAAGUGACAAUCCACAAUACAGAUUAGAACUCAGGGCACCGCAGGCUUCUGCUGUUUGGAUACUGCUGACAAGACAUAUCACAGAUAAGGAUGACUUUGCUGAUAAUAGAGAAUUUAUUACACUGCUAGUAUACAAAAAUAAUGGACAGAAAGUAUACUAUCCAUAUAGCCCAGCACCUUACAAAGAUGGAGUACGUAUCAACAGUCCCCAUUACUUGUGUAAAAUGGUAGAACCUAAAGGAAUCUCAAAAUACUCACUAGUGGUGUCACAAUAUGAGAAAAAUAACACAAUCAGUUAUACACUCAGGGUUUACUCCUCAUGUGAGUUUACGCUUAGCAGAAUUACAGAUCCAUAUAGAAAGGAGUAUGAAAAAAGGGUCAGUGGAAAUUGGAGUGGACCAUCUGCUGGUGGGUGUGGAAAUUACAGGGAAAGUCAUAGUAAAAAUCCAAUAUAUCAACUACGGGUGGAGGGGAAUGGAACAGAUAAUUUUGUACUGAUAGAACUGCUUGGACCUAAACAAUACAGUGUAGGAUUUGAGAUAACGACAGUGAAUGAGAACAAUCCAGGGGCUCCAGGUGCCUUUAAAAAGACUUCUUCAGGAGAUUACAGGAAUGGUUACUGUGUACUAGAACUUAGCAGAAUAUCAGGCGGGUUAUAUAAUAUUAUGCCCAGUACAUUCCUGCCAGGCCAAGAAGGACCAUUCUUUCUUGAUGUCAGUAGUAACUGUCCAAUAUCGUUAUCUCAUUUACAAUGACAAUUUAGCAUUACAGCAACUAUUUAUAUCUUUUAUUGAUUUGACACAAUUCAUGACACAGAUUAGAAGUAUUUAUAUCUCAGUCGUAUUGACAUGUUUCUCAACAUUGGAUAUUGAUAUUUGUAAAAAGAGGUAUAAGUAAUGAAUAACAUUUUUAUAACAAUUACUUUUAAGUCAUGAAAAACACUUUUACAAACAAUCUUAAGUCAUGAAAAACACUAUAAUGAACAGUUACUUAUAAGUAAUUAAAACACUAUUCUUUACAGUUACUUAUAAACUUCUGAUGAGAAGUAAGAUUUUUAAGGAGCCUCAUAGCAAGUUUCUUUCUUUCCGUCCAUGAUCAAUUGUUACAUGGUAACACUUUUUGCUCAUGAUCUUUGUUGAUAAAACAAAGGGCAGUAUAUGACGUCUCAUAUUUCAGGUGUCUGACUCUCAUACCACGGUCUUGAUAAAGCAAAGUUUAGUUGAUUGGACCCAACAUUACUUAAUUAUUAAAGUUUUAACUUGAAAUCAUCUGAAGUUGCAAUGGCAUCAUAUUCUUUUAUCAUAGUAGAAAUUGUUGCAACGUUUUCAUGGUAUUAACAUAUCUAACUAGUAUUUGCUCUUUUCAUUUUUAAUUGUUAAUUUUUAAAAUAUUAUUGAAUAUGCAAUUUAUUGUUGAUUGAAAUAUUAUUAUUUGUUAAUUUAUGAUACAAAAGUGAUGUAUUAUUUAGUGUGUACAUAUAUAUCUAUUUAAAUACAUGUAAAUAAAAUGAUCUUAUAUACUUAUA